UCCCACCUCUUCUCAUUUCCUUUUUUCCUUUUUUUCUUCUAAAAAACUCUUCGGAACCCUAGAUUUGUGGUUUUUAUUAGUUCUUACUCCAAAUCUGUCACCUCUUAAUUUAAUGUUUAGAUCUUAAAAUUUCUAACCAGGGUUUUGAAUUCUAUUUAAAUUUCAUAGAUUUUAUUUAAAAAUGGAGAGUGUAUCAACUGCUGAAAAUCAAAGUAUGGGGAGUGUUUUGACUCCUGAGAAACAAAGUAUGGUUUCAUGUUUUCUCGAAAUCGCUGUUGGGCAAUCAGCCGAGACUGCUAAACAGUUCUUACAGGCCACAAGUUGGAAUCUUGAAGAAGCAAUCCAGUUGUUUUAUGUGGGGAGUGAAAAUGGAGCGAUCACAUCAUCAUCAUUUGCCCCACCAGAAGAAAGUAGUACUCCUUUGGCAGAUCAAAGUCCUGGAAGAGAAAAAGGUAUUUCCAGUUCUGGGCAAGAUAAUGGAAGUGAAGAGGUGCGAGCCCCAUUACCUGUGAAAAGGGAUGUUUUGUAUGAUGAUCCCUUGUUAUUUAGAGCCGCUAGAAUGGGACAUCCUCCUCUUGAAGCAAGUUCUAUGGUUGCAUUCCGGAAUUUUAACGAGGAGAUGAAACGUCCUGGAGUUUGGGAGCCUGAGCAAGGUGCGACAUCAACAGCGGACAACCCCCGAGAUAAUCUUGCUUCGCUUUAUCGUCCCCCCUUUCACUUGAUGUACCAGGGACCCUUCGACAAGACAAAACAAGUGGCUGCAGAUCAGGACAAGUGGCUUCUAGUGAAUUUGCAGUCCACAAAGGAAUUCAGCUCACAUAUGCUGAACCGUGAUACAUGGGCUAAUGAAGCACUGGCUCAAACAAUCGGCACUAACUUCAUCUUUUGGCAGGUGUACGAUGACACCACUGAAGGUAGGAAAGUCUGCACCUACUACAACCUGGUUUCUAUUCCUGUAGUUCUGGUUCUGGACCCAAUAACCGGGCAAAAAAUGCGUUUAUGGAGCGGAAUGAUUCAACCUGAGCAUUUAUUAGAGGAGCUACUUCCUUUUAUGGAUGGAGGUCCCAAAGAUCAUCAUGUUGCACUUCCUCACAAGCGUCCAAGAGAAACCUCUCAGGCUCCUACUGUCAAACCAAAUGAUGCGCACGAGACUACCGAAGAGGAUGAGGAGAUUUUACUAGCAUUGGCAGCUUCCAUGGCACAUAUGGAGGAAAAGACAAAGGAUCCUGUUGCUGAGAGUUCGGAUGACACAAAUGAAGCAAAGAUUGAGGAGCCAGAAACUUCCCCUAGUGAGAAACCUGUGUAUCCCGAUCUCCCUGAAGAGCCGAAGGUUGACAAAAAGCUUCUCUGUAGAGUUGGGGUUCGCCUUCCUGAUGGGCGUAGACUUCAGCGGAAUUUUCUCCGAACAGAUCCAGUUCAGCUGCUGUGGUCCUACUGUAGCUCCCUGGUUGAAGAACUUCGGCCUUUUCACUUGACGCAAGCCAUCCCAGGUGCAUCAAAGACUCUUGAUUAUGAGGCCAAGCUUACAUUCGAUGAAUCUGGAUUAUCAAACUCAAUGAUCUCAGUUACCUGGGAAUAAACAAAGUUUCAGUUAUAUAAGAUCUUGUAUUCAGCUGAUAGUAUUUGGAGAGAGAAUUGGGUUCUUCUCUCUGUUCUUAGGUUGUGGUUCAUCAAAGCAAUGACGAUAUACUUUAUGGGAUUGGGGCUACCAAAUUGUGUGAAGAACGCAUAUUUAAUAGUCCGGCUUCCUUUUUGUCUACUGUAAAUACCACUUUUUGAACCAGGUUUUUUUGCCAGCAAUAGAAGAAUGUCAGAUAUCUUGGUUUUUCUAUCUUUUGUUUUUAGGUGUUUAUUUUGGAAAAGAUAUCAAAGCUGGUUCUUUUAGCGUUGUAUUUUACUCUUGGCUAGUAAGGACUCAAAAAGAAAGAAAAAAGAUAUGCUCCUUUUGUUUC